GUUGGCCGGCUGAGGGCGGGGCGGGUGCUCUGCUCGUGCUCCUCUGAGCAGCGAAACUGGAGGGAAAAGUGUGACUUGGGACUUCGGCAGAAACUCGGAGUAACCUGGUUGCUUCUUUUUCCAGGUAUUGAUUUUAAAAUUAGAACUAUAGAGCUAGAUGGCAAGAGAAUUAAACUGCAGAUCUGGGACACCGCGGGGCAGGAGCGAUUCCGAACCAUCACAACCGCCUACUACAGGGGAGCCAUGGGCAUUAUGUUGGUCUAUGACAUCACCAAUGAAAAAUCUUUCGAAAAUAUUCGGAACUGGGUCAGGAAUAUUGAAGAGCACGCCUCUCCGGAUGUUGAAAAAAUGAUCCUUGGGAACAAGUGUGAUGCAAAUGACAAACGGCAAGUUUCUAGAGAGCAAGGGGAGAAGCUUGCUGCAAGUUUUGGAAUUAAAUUUAUGGAGACCAGUGCAAAAGCAAAUAUAAACAUAGAGAAUGCAUUUUUCACUCUUGCAAGAGAUAUCAAAGCAAAAAUGGACAAGAAGUUGGAAGGCAAUAGCCCGCAAGGCAGCAACCAGGGAGUCAAAAUCACACCAGACCAGCAAAAGAAAAGCAGCUUUUUCCGAUGUGUUCUUCUGUGAGGGACACGGCCUUAAUCUGAGCAUCUGCUCAACUGAACUGGACUGUGCCUGUUCUGAGUGAGAUUUCCUCUGUCUGUGGACUGAGCAUUUUCAACAUACCUUGUCACUUUGUGACCAUCUGAAUAAGAAAGCGUUUAUUUUAGAAUUGUCGGACUCUUCAAUUUUGGAGACGAAACAAGUUUAUUUUUGUCAGAUUGCCACUGGGCACGUGCGUUGUUUAGCAGAGGGAGUACAGAUCAGAUGUGACCUGUGACAGAGCACCUUUGCUGACAGGCUUCGAUCUUUUUGUUCAUAUCCGUAAUGUAUCCAAAUUAGAAAGAUUAAGUUAUGAUCCAAAUAAGAAACUGAAAUGCCAAUAUUAAUAAAGUACAGGUAUGUGUACAUGUUACAUGUGCAUAUCCAUGUCUGUAGAUGCAAACAGGACAUCAGAUAAAUGCACUUAGGUAGGCAGUACAGGCUUGUACCUUUUCAGAAGGUAGAAGGACGCUUUCUGCAUCUCCACCUCUUUGCUACCAUGAGAAAAUCCUCUAUCUGCCUGUAGUUGUGUUGUUCUAGACAAUCCACAAGUACAAUUGAAGUUUAAAAAAAAAAAAUCCUCCUCAAAGGAAUCUCUAUUUUU